AUGCGUUUCACUGCUCUCAUCGCAGCCACCAUGGCUCUAGCAGGAUCUGCCGCAGCACAGUGCCCGGCUGGUGCCACUGCCAAUUGCAAGCCAGGCUUCAACUAUUGCGCCUCGACGCUGAAUAAACUAGGUGAUGCCGACUCGGCCAUCCGCGAAGCACUGAGAGUUGCGGGCUACAGUAGUAUAAAAGUUAAGAAUGCUGGCUUGUGGGACGACCUCGUUUUCCAUUGCAAUGAUGACCAUACACUUAAACUGGAGAAUCAGUGCGAGUUUAAGUCCUGGUGUGCGGAUGGUGGUGUGGGCCACAAUGAUUACUGUAAGAAAUCAGAGCUCGGUGGUCCAUUCGGACGGUGA